UCGGACCAAGCUGCAGCCCCUCCCCGAUCCCGACCCCGGGGAACUGGAACAAAGACAUCCCCGCGCCGGUCACUUCGCGCGAGGGUGUGCGUGUGGGCAGCCCGGCAGUCGUGGACACGGCCACCUCUGGGACUGUCCACCCCUGCUUUGUGUCUGCACCGUCGUGCAGUGGCCACCUGUCUCGACCGAGCCCCCGGGGUCGUGCAGUCCAGUCCUGGCCAGGGCCGUCUCGGUCCAGGGCGGGUCUGUCUCUGGUCUCUGUCUUGGUCCAUGUGUCAGGGCAGUGCACCGAUGGAGGCAGCUGUAGCCACGUUUAGGAGUCGCGGAAUGUUCCCUUGAGCAACCAUUGACGAGGUAGAAACAGAUGUGGUGGAGAUCGAGACCAAACUGGACAAGGUAAGGGGCAGCCUGGGGCUCAGGGAGGGCCCAAGCUUGCUCCGCCACCACACCCAUAGCAGGCUUGGGAAUGGCUGAGUGGCAGAACCUGCCUUCCAGGAGUAAGAAUCCACACACACCCUCCUGGGUCGGAGCACGCUUUGUGCACAGGACCUGGUUCUGCUGCAUGUCCCCAUCUGUGUGCAACUGCACGCAUCCCAGGUGCUCAGGACACACAUAUCCAUUUGGACCCUGAGUCUUGUCUCUCUGAGCAGGAUGACCCGAGCUCGUCAGGCUGUGCAGUGGUAUGAUCGAGGCUGGCAAGGCCUAUGUCACCACCAACAGGCUCUUCGUGAGUGGCGUCCGAGACCUGUCCCAGCAGUGCCAGGGUGACACUGUCAUCUCCGAAUGUCUGCAGCGCUUUGGAGACAGCUUGCAGGAGAUGGUCAACUUCCACACGGGGAAGCUCAGAAAUAAAUCAGCUCAGGAUGCCUCAUUCUGCCUGCCUGCCUGCCUGUCUAUCCUGUUUGACCAGGCCCAGAGAUCUGUGCGACAGCAGCUCCACAACUUCAUCAAAGAGGAUGUUCGGAAGUUCAAAGAGACCAAGAAGCAGUUUGAUAAGGUGCGGGAGGACAUGGAGCUGUCCCUGGUGAGGAAUGCCCAGGCCCCAAGGCACCGGCCCCACGAGGUAGAGGAGGCCACUGGUGCGCUCACACUCACCCGGAAGUGCUUCCGCCACCUCGCGCUAGACUAUGUGCUCCAGAUCAAUGUCCUCCAGGCCAAGAAGAAGUUCGAGAUCUUGGAUUCUAUGCUGUCCUUCAUGCAUGCCCAGUACAGCUUCUUCCAGCAGGGAUACAGCCUCCUGCACCAGCUGGACCCCUACAUGAAGAAGCUGGCAGCCGAGCUGGACCAGCUGGUGAUCGAUUCUGCCGUGGAGAAGCGGGAAAUGGAGCGCAAGCACGCUGCCAUCCAGCAGCGGACGCUACUGCAGGACUUUUCCUAUGAUGAAUCCAAAGUAGAAUUCGAUGUGGAUGCGCCCAGUGGCGUGGUGAUGGAGGGCUAUCUGUUCAAGAGGGCCAGCAAUGCUUUCAAGACAUGGAACCGGCGCUGGUUCUCCAUCCAGAACAGCCAGCUGGUCUACCAGAAGAAGCUCAAGGACUCGCUGACUGUGGUGGUUGACGACCUCCGCCUAUGCUCUGUGAAGCCAUGUGAGGACACUGAGCGGAGGUUCUGCUUCGAGGUCGUGUCACCCACCAAGAGCUGCAUGCUGCAGGCUGACUCAGAGAAGCUACGCCAGGCCUGGGUCCAAGCCGUGCAGGCCAGCAUUGCCUCUGCCUACCGCGAGAGCCCUGACAGCUGCUACAGCGAGAGGCUGGACCGCACAGCAUCCCCUUCCACAAGCAGCAUCGACUCCACCACAGACUCUCGGGAGCGCGGCGUCAAGGGCGAGAGUGUGCUCCAGCGGGUGCAGAGUGUGGCUGGCAACAGCCAGUGUGGUGACUGUGGCCAGCCAGACCCCCGCUGGGCCAGCAUCAACUUGGGUGUCCUGCUUUGCAUCGAGUGCUCAGGCAUCCACAGGAGCCUGGGUGUCCACUGCUCCAAGGUGCGAUCUCUGACAUUGGACUCCUGGGAGCCAGAGCUGCUGAAGCUGAUGUGUGAGCUUGGAAACAGCACCAUAAACCAGAUCUAUGAGUUCCAGUGUGAGGGUCCUAGUAGCAGGAAGCCCACAGCCAGCAGCCCCAGACAGGACAAGGAAGCCUGGAUCAAAGACAAGUACGUGGAGAAGAAGUUCCUUGGGAAACUGCCCACAGUACCCACCCUGGAAGCCCCGAGGCACUGGCGAGGACAGAAGUGCCAGCGCCCCCACAGCUCCCCCCGACCCCCCCCCACCCGCCGAAAGGCCCGACUCGAGCCGGUCCUUCCCUCCUUGGCUGCUCUGUCUUCAGCAGGGACUCUGGAGCGCAGGUUCCGCCGGGACUCCCUCUUCUGCCCAGACGAGCUGGACUCUCUGUUCUCCUACUUCGAUGCAGGGGCUGCGGGGGCUGGUCCACGCAGUCUGAGCAGCGACAGUGGCCUGGGGGGCAGCUCUGACGGCAGCUCCGAUGUCCUGGCCUUCGGCGCGGGCUCGGUGGUGGACAGCGUCACCGAGGAGGAGGGUGCGGAGUCCGAGGAGUCCAGCGGUGAGGCGGAUGGGGAGGCGGAGGCCUGGAGCCUGGCGGACGUGCGUGAGCUGCACCCCGGGCUGCUGGCGCACCGCGCGGCGCGCACCCGCGACCUCCCCGCACUGGCCGCGGCGCUGGCCCACGGGGCUGAGGUCAACUGGGCGGACGCGGAAGACGAGGGCAAGACUCCGCUGGUGCAGGCGGUGCUGGGGGGCUCCUUGAUCAUCUGUGAAUUUCUUCUGCAAAACGGAGCUGAUGUGAACCAAAGAGACAGCAGGGGCCGCGCGCCACUGCACCAUGCCACGCUCCUUGGCCGCACCGGCCAGGUCUGCCUGUUCCUGAAGCGAGGAGCUGAUCAGCACGCCCUGGACGAGCAGCAGCAGGACCCGCUGAGCAUAGCUGUGCAGGCGGCCAAUGCCGACAUUGUCACACUGCUCCGUUUGGCCCGCAUGGCUGAGGAGAUGCGUGAGGCCGAGGCGCCCUCGGGCCAGCCGGGUCCACUGGCGGGCAUCAGCCCCACUGAGCUCCAGUACCGCAGGUGCAUCCAGGAAUUCAUUGGCCUCCACCUGGAGGAGAGCUAGGGCCGGGCCGGCCGGGCAGCUGUGGGACCACUGCCCGCCCGGCCUGGACACCCUGCAUGCCCCUGAAGACCCUGGCCCCAGCUCAGCCCCGGCCCUAUGCGUGUGGACCGUGGGCCCCUCCCGACAGCCCCGGGGCCCGGGCGCUCUCGGAGCCCACCUGCCUGCUCGUCCCUCCCUCCAGUGCCUGGACCUCGGGAUGGGAGGGGCACUCCAGCACCGAGUCUUUCGAAGCCCCACGUUUUGGGGAGUGCUGCAUCAUCUGGUGUCCCUCACCCCACCUGAGGACCCUCUGGCCUCAGGUGGCCCCUUCUCUGGGAGCCCGGGUUGCUCACAAACCACUCUUGGAUCCCAAGUCACCUCGUGCCCCUCUGCCCUCAGGGCCUGUGUCACCUGGUAUUCCACCUUCACUGCCCCAGAGCACUGACCCGCUAGCUGGGUCCUCCUAUUCCCCCAGAGCCCCUCCUGGGCCUGGGGCUGGUGGCUGACCCCAGUGCCUUCCCAGGCAGGAGUGUGGCCCAUCCAGGGAACCAACCCAAGUACCUCACUUAGUGACCCAGCAUCCAGGCUGGGCUUCGCGGGUGCUGGGUGGAUGGGUUCUGGUCUGGGGUCCCUGCCCUGGCUGGAUGCGGGCGUCCCAUGGCCAUGUGGCCAGCCGUGCCAGCCCCCAGUGCCAGACCUGUCCCUGCCUCUUCCAGAGGCAAAUCUCUGGCACUAGGCCCAGAGCCUGUGCAUAAAGCAACUGGCCCUUCCCACCCCAUGCCCAAUGUUCUUUGUUACCCACUGAGUGGAUUUUCUACAAUGACCUCGUUCUUGUCUGCGUCUCUUUUCUGUGGACUUGCGAGGACCAUCCUGACCCUGGCUCUGCCUGCCACUGCGGGGAGGCUGCAUACCUCUUCCCCUGCCUCCUGGCUGGCCUUGCCUCAGGGGCUGGGCCCCCUCCAGAGGUCUGUCCCUCACUUGUGGGUCCGCCAAUGCCUUCAAAUUCCCUUUUUCUGAAGGAGCCAGGAUGGAGGCUGGGUCUCCAAACCUAUGGGCUCUUGGUCAGGCCCAGGCCAGUUGGCUGGUCACUAUGCAAAUGCUGCCCGGGGAGGCUCCGUGGGUGGUAAGGUGGGCACUGGACUGGGCCCCUGACUCCCCUGCCUGCUGGCUGUGACCCUAAAGAGCAGAAUUAGCUUCUUCCUCCUUGCUUGAGCUCUGCCCACUGCCUCCCCUGCCAUCCUCCGGCUGGCAGGACCCCAUACCCCUGCUCUGAUCACUCCUGGUUAAUAAACCUCUGCGCUUGCGCCCA